GUCUAAGCGCAUUGAAUCGAAAUUACAUUCAAACGAUACUCAAAAUCUCGCCAGCGUAUCAGAUGAAGGUCCACAAGAAGAGUCGCAAAGUCGAUGUCAUUCUUUAAACAGUACUGACUCUGCGUUUGAGGUGAAAAAAGGUUGUUGCUGUCCGAGUCAUUUGGGGAAUGCGAAUCCGUUUUGGAAGUCCAAGCGAAAACAGAUUAUUCGAGAAAGUUCACAUCCUGCUGGCUUAGACCUAAAGGCCAGGCCAAAUAUCGCAACAGCAUCACCUAUCGAAACACUGACAACAACAAGAGAAAAAGCGUAUUCAUCACAAUUGGGAACAUUUCGUGGCAGAUAUGCCAGCACCAAGAGUCACACGUUUUUAGCAGCGUUGCAAAUCGAAGCGCGCCAGCAUUGUGAGCGAAUAAACAAAAAAAUACCCACUUCGCUGCCAACUACGUCAGAUUUGAGUCAGUUGCAACGGCCGCGGCCCUUACAAUACCAGAAGCUGACGCUGGAAUUUUCCGAUGCUGAUGAUGCGCAGCAGCUAAGACAUCCACAGAAGCAACAGUCGGAUAACAGCCUGCAACAGUCGGAUAACAGCCUGCAACAGCUGCAAAUGUCAGCGACGAAAUUGCAAAACACCGCACGUAUUACUAGCAGAGAGAAGAGCGGACGGGAGCAAAUACAACAACCAGAACAGCAGCCUCCGCUGAAAGGACAACAGCAAAUGAUAGUUGCUGAUGUUUUGUCUCCGGUUGUGGGAGUCGAUAAUGGCGAUGGCGCCAACAAAGUGGCCAAAAAACAUCAAUUCUGCACAAAUGUGUACAAGAAUAACAACAGCAAUAACGACAAUCGAAAUGAGACUACAGAAGGUGAACAAUUGCUUCCUUUGACAAGCAGUGUAUUAGCAGCGCCAACGGGUGCGCCGAGGCAAACAAUGAACGCGCAGCAUUCAUGCAAUAAUUAUGAAAACAGUCCGAAUGAUCAAAAUAAUGGCCACACGCCAUUACUGUUACCCCAGUUCCCGCCGCUCGCGUCGCAGUCGGCCUUACAAUCGCGUUCCAUUGCAGCGACGGCGACAACUGAGUCAGCUUACUCGGCGGCCGUUGGUAAAAAUACGCUCAAUUUUUGUGAGCGUUGCUGUGAAAGCGCUAGCAUGGCCAGCGACAAUUAUGCUCAGGGCGCAAACGCCGAUCGCAAAAAGAAUUCGAGUGGAGAGGACCACUAUGAAUUCUAUCGCGAGUUCAACGAUUCAGUCUCAAAUCUGUCGUCGUACCGAUUCAUCUCCGAUGAUGAUGAAGUAAGCGCGAGUAUAUCUGCUAACGAAACGGUUGCCACAGAAGAAACAUUCAAUAUCGAAACCAAACACUACGAACUCAAAGGCAAUAACAGCAACAACAAAGUAGAAAAAGACAUCAUAUUAGGCAAAAAUCAAAACAUCGCGCCGUCGGGAGCGUAUUCGUACUCGAACUCGUGCUCGUACCCGCCAUUGUCCCCGGAAUCGCCAUCGUUGUUGACGCAAAAGCGUUUUCCGUUGCCAACAUUGUUGACACCCGCCGCAGCACAAACAAUAAAAAUAGCCGCACCGCGUUGUGCUUCGCCUACAAUUUGUUGUUGUAAAAUUGACAAACCCAUCAGCUUACAUUAUAACGCGACUGUUUUGGAAUACAUACCAAACGAAACAAAGGCAACGUUUCCAACACCCACGCCCGAUAUCGCAUAUUCAACAGCUCCCGUACCGAUUCCGAAUACUUCUGGAAGUACGAACAGAUUCCCAGCGGAAGAAAUCGGGUUAAGUGAAUGUUUCUACCAUGAGGAGCUUCUGUCUACAUCACUGCCAAGUAACUACGGUAGUGUGAAAAGUAUUGAAAGGCCCCUACGGAGUACCCAGCAUAACCCGAAAAGGUUCAAACCCCCUCCUCCCGAACCGCCACCGAAGCCAAAACAGGAGAGAAGACCAUUCUAUCGGACCACAAUAUAUUCGAGCUCCAGUGCAUCAGCGCUAGAGAAUCAGGGCCAGGUAGAAAAAAACUCUUACAAUAACGAGCGAUCUAGCUUAAAUGGACAGAACUUCUAUACGAACAACGGACAAAAGCUCGGAAAGCCAAAGUCGUUGGUAUCUAUUCCUUCCCAGUCAUCAACACGCUAUAUUUCCAAAGAUGCUGGAAACUCUGCCCUUCAAUUGUCACCUCCCAUUGAACGCUCCGUUUCGCCAGAGCAUUGUGAGUUGUUGAGUUGCUUUGGGACGGCUAAAAAUACUCGAAGCGAGUCCGCAAAUCGAAACGACGAGCGUCUAGGUGACGCACGAGGAAAAGAAAAUAGCCGCCACGAGAAACAGCGAAUAAAAAGAAAUGAAAACAUAGAUAUAGGAAAUGAAAAGGCUGCGAAAUUUAUAGCGCGUAGUUUAAGUGAAAGCAGCUGCUUGGUGUCGGCGGUAACGACACUUGUCAAUGAAAAGUGUGCUAUCGAAAACAAAAAUAAUCACCACCACCAGCACAAGUCACAGCCUGCACGUCAAUACCUGGUAGACGCGCAAUUACAGCUACCAACAUCGUCGUCUAAUCACCAUAAUAAGAAUAAUCAUAUUAACAACAAUAAACGGCAGCAUUGGGGUGAUUUCGAGCAUAGUCAACGAAGUGCAGCCAACAGGAAAAAAUCAGCGGCGACAAGUGUCUACGCUGUCGCCGAUGUAAGUGGCGGCGUGUACGACGUUCUUGACACGCAUGCCGUGGCUAGUGGAAAUAGUAUCGCAUGUGGCGAAUGCAAUAACAACUACAAUUGCAAGGCAAGGUGUCUCGCGGAACACGCCAGGUUGGAGGCAGCGCCACCACAUUUUGGUGUGGUAAUUGGCGAGGUGUUGAGUCAAAGUUCGCAGUCAUCAAUAUCUUACUUGUCUUCCUCACUGCCAAAACGUACGCUGCGUUACGAUAGUUAUGGCCGUUUGAAGUCUGAACGGGUACCGCGUCUCCCUACUGUGACAAAAUCACUAGCCAACGGUCGCAAAGCAACCAGUGAGACGCGUCUGCAUCGUGCGUUUCAGAAUGCCUUAGCCCCAUCUGAGUGCGAUUUGCUUUCCUCUCUGUCGGUCAGUAGUAUUAAGUUUACUCCUACCUUGGGCCGAAAAUUUAAUUAUUUAAGUGAUAGAUUUGAAGACUAUGUCGUCGCGUGUGAAAAAUAUGAAUUAGGUUCUACAUGUGAAGAAAGUGAAACUACCCCGAAAUCAAAGCCGAAUCGUAGUGUGCAAAAGAUAAUUAUUACCAAUGACGAACCAAUCUCAUCGGCAAUUAAUGCAAAUACUACCGACGUGUUACAGUCAAACUCUAUUGAUAACCUGCCAACCAGUCACGUAUUCGACGAAGAAGUAAAUGUUUCUCUUCCAAAGACUGUGCCAGCGCCACAAAAGAUUUAUAAAUCUUUCAGUGAUACUCAAAAUUUCUUGUCCCACCACAAAGCGAAUCAAGAAAGGAUAAACAAUAAUAAUAUUGAGGCAUGGCAAUCAAACCGUUCCAUUAGUGACUUUUCGCUCAAAUCGGCUUUUGCUGAAUCGGAUAGUAGUUUACCAUGUCAGUGUUCUUCUAAGCAACCCAUAUCACCGACAGAUACCACAUCGCCCUCUUCACCGACUUUGCCAAUAUCAUUACAGUCCCAGAAAUCGUCUGGUGGGUUAAACCAGAAAAAUUCACAGUCCCUUCCAAGCGUUCCACAAUCGAACGAUACGAAUAGUCCGCAUUGGCUUAGUUGUGAGACUCUUGCGUCGUCGCGUCGGUCUGAACCAAAAUCUGGGUUGGACGAUUUGCAAUCGAAUUGCAGUGAUCAAACAACUAUUUUCCACUUGGAUAACGAAUGGUCCCUAUCGGCUUCAUCUUUGUCGCCAACAUCUCAGCCCACGCUAAUCACCGGAAAUAGUGGCCACAUCUCAAGGGGUCCAGUUGUGCUAAAACGAAUUCCAGAGAUACACUCAUUCGGGCAUAUUCCGCAAAUUCAGUCGAAUACUCAGAAAAGCGCUAAUGUGCGUGAAGAAGGCGAAAAAGAGGUUAAUAUGGAGAAACGUCGGAAUACCUUGGAUCGUUUUCAACGUUUAGGCUUCGGUCGAAAGAGUACACCAACGCCGAGUGGGGCGUCCACGGAAAGCGGUGGCUCCUCACGAAAUCGUAAAUCCACUGAGAAAUCAGAGCGAUUGAGGGAACUAACAGAACUGCUGCGCGGCAAUAGAUCUUCGCCAACUCCGCCACCUAUACCGCCGCCACGGAAGCCACGUCAUGGAUCUCACUCGGCGUCUAAUAGCUUGGAACGUUCUGAAACACAGGCGCACGCUCCUGCGGUGAGGACUCUUUCUGCUACCACUUCCUCAUUGGACAAUACUCCGUUGUCAUUCAUGUCGGCCCGGUCUGAUGGCAUCAUGCUGAUGGACCAAGAUGAGCAAGCUGCUGACUAUCCUUCUGCUGGUACAAGUACGAAAAACUCUGUUAAGAUAGAUGCAAAAAACGAUUUUAGCAGAAGCGAUCUGCCGUCGAAAGCAGAAGUUUCAGGAACAGAAGCAAGAGCAGCAGCAGCGCAGGCGGUAGCAACAACUAAAUCGCUGACAUCAACAGCCAAACUAUCCGAUACACUCAAACCAAAUGCCAGUCUGUCGAAUUUCGAAUCGCUGAUGUUGAUGGGCAGAGAGCAAUCAAAGUCCCCGCCACAGCGACCCGCUGCAAAUGUUGUCGCAAGUGGCUCUGUAAAUGCCGAAAGUGCACAGCUGGCCAACAGUUCGGAUAUAGCUACCAAGCUGGGCAGACCAGAAUCUCGCACGGUAAUCGGCUCAUACACCCAGAAGGGCAUUCCAUUUCGUUCAGCUUCGUUUUCUCAAAUUGAUAUUUCGUCUGGAAAGUACAAAAAGUGUUCGUGGAGCGCAUUGCGUGAUCGUUUAUGGCGUGAAAAAGUGGUUGGAUCAGUUGAUUCCGCAACGAAUACGAAAAAAGGCAGAAUCGAAGAAGCAAGUGGCGCAUUGACGUCUGCCGUUGCAACUGAAGUGAAAGUGAAUUCUGAGCCAGAUUGGAUUUACAUACCGUUGAAAAAGAAAACUGAAAUGAGUAUUAACUUAAAUUACGGUCAAGAUAUGAGUAAUCUAGAGAAUGUAAUCGAAUCGCCCGAUAUUAUACCCGAAGAAGAUAUAUUCAACACUGAUGCAGAACAUUCCUCUAGUGCUACCGAAGACAGUAAAGAGGCGGUUUUAAAAACUAAUCUUGUAAUAGCACACGCUAAAAUGGAGUCGUUAACAGACACGAUUCAUUCCGAAAACGACUUUACGAUUGAGGCGGAGGAAGUAGCUCUGGCUAUUCAGCCAGUGUCAGCUGUUGUGGAGUCGGAAGAGGGUUUAGUUGAACAGGCAAAAGUCAUUGAACAGCCAACUAUUCAGGAGCCUAUUAACGCAGAGCUAAUGGAACCGAAUGUGGCAAUGUUAAUGGAAGAACGAAUGCCACUUGAAUCGCCUCCUGAUAAUUUUUUACAGACAGCAACCACUUGCCUGAUUCCGGUGCCAGUUUACGAGUGUGCUGCCCAGGAGUGGCGUUUGGAGAAUCCUCCGCAGGAAUGGGUGGAGGUUCAGCCUGAAGAGUUUGGCAUAAUACCGGAAGCAAUAGAGCCGCUAUUAUCGCUUAGUGACUGCGUAAAUGUAAAGCAUGUAUCGAAAACGGCGCAGGAGUACCGCGUGGAAAAUCUUCCAACAAUUUCAGUUAGUCGUUCUUCAGAAGAAGCAGACGAUAAAUGCAUUUUGAGGCGGAAAGAUACCUUUGAUGAAGAGUUCUGUGACCUUGUGGAGAGGCGUCAAGCGUCAAUAGAUACGGCUGAACUCAGCAAGAGAUAUAGCAAUGACGAUGACCGAUGUCUAGGUAAGGAGAAACGAGCAUCUUUAGAAGCCAUUACUACUCGACACAGUACAGACGAGCGCAAACGCAUUGACAAGUCGAAGCGGCGGAAGGGAAUGUAUAUUGAUAAUGCUGCUUGGAGCGAGUCUCCUGAUGUGGAAGCGCACAGCAGGGGUUUGGCGUUGGACAUUUCACUGGCUAACUUAAAUGUCAUCAAACCGGACACGCCAGAUGAAUGUGCAAUAAUGUAUAUUAAUAGCCCACCCACAGAUGAAAAAAGGACGCCAGGCUCCCUAUACUCACCUGAAAUAAAUACCCCGGAAUCGGAUAAGCCGCCAGAAUGGACAAAGGCGGAUCGCCUUGCUAGUUUUAGCCUUCAAAGUUCCGAGGAUAAGGAAGAUAUUCAGGGUGUAAUGGGUAGUGGGGGUAACCUUUCACGCAACAAUCAAAGUUUUCCUUUCUUACGUACUGACUCAGUGUCCGACAACGAAAGUGAUCGGGGUCCAUCGUAUUGUCGCGAGCACGCCAGUCCAAGUCCUGUUCCUGGUGACUACGAUUUUAAGCGGUAUUCAAAACGACCACUCCGUGGGCCUUACGGUCAAAUGCUGGAAAAGGAAAUGAAGAAGCCCAACAAAAUGCAUUUCGAGGAAAUAUUGGAGGACCUCCGUGAAUCUGAGGUUUCCUCGCAACCGCGCCGCCCACGUAUCGCUUAUGAUGAUUCCAGCGCCAUUACGGCGACCAGUACCCGAAAUAUACCUCACCAUUCGAAUUCGAUGCGAGUACGCAAGUCAAAUACAUUUCUGCCUGUACCGGCACAUGCAAGAGCAGCCUCUACGCCAUCUCAAAUAGAGAAUGUAAGCAAAAGCGGAGCCAUCGGCAGCUUGGAGAAGAUUCAUCCACACGAGAAGCGCUACCAAAGCACGCUGGAUAACUCAGUAACUUCUGCUGACAAGGAUUAUCAAGAUGCGGGGCAUCAUUAUCCAAAUCACCAUCUUCACCAACGUGAAGUAAAACGCGCAGCUUCGGAGGCUCCUGCUCAAAAAAGCCAUCAUAACAAACGCAGUCAAUCGAUGAGCGGAGAAAAAACCGCCUCGGGUGGUACACAUAUCGUACACCAGGCAAAUCGUAGCCUCGAUGCUACUACCAGCGGAAGCGCCAGGGGCAAUUCCAAUUCCGGUAAAAGCUCCACAAUUGUACCGUCACAGGAACUGUUGGCCGAACUGCUGAAAGGCUCCAGUGAGAAGUUGAUAUCUGAGCAGCGCCAACAAAUGGCAGCGAAAUCUGGUCUCCGUAGCUAUAACAGACUUCGCUACAAAUGCACUAAUCUGCUACAUCCCUACCCAAUUGAAAUGAACAAACUAAAACGAAAACUGAGAAAUGAAACCGGCGUAGAUGUUCUGCAGGCAAAGGCGCGCACCACGAGCACGGGGAAAGCUUCCGACGUGGCGCAGAAGGCUAUAUCUUCCCAAACGACAACUCCCGGCAGCCGGGAUGGUCGUCAUCUAACACCAGGUCCUACAAACAACGACAAGCACGUCACCACAAGCUUGGGAGCUUGCGAAGGUAUUGAAGAUGAGCAACUGGCCCAGAUGCGGCUCGUCUUGAAUAAGAUGCAGAGUGAUGUUUCCAAGCAGAAAAUGUGUCCAUGGAUAUAA